AUGUGUAUUGCACUUCCGCAAGAUUUCACCAACGAUGUCCAUUUGGAAGAUUGGUGCCCAACGUUCAAAAAUUACCUUCGCACCAUACCAGGAAGAGACGGUGUGCCACUGAGCUACAUUGUGAGAAUGAACGAUGCAGGAAUGCUCAACCUGCACAAAGAUUUCUUGGCAACCUACGUCAACAUGGCACCACACGUUGGCGAAGCAUACGUCAUGGAUAACGCCAAAGUCCUAGUCCUUCUCAGCAAGUUUAUUGUGGGGAAUACCGAAGCUGAAGCAAUUCUCCGAGCCAUCAACAUUGCAGGCAAUGGGAGAGAAGCAUUCAACGCACUACAUACCCACUACAAGGGUGAAGGAAUCCUAGCCAGCGACUUGUCGAAGCCAAACACACCAUCAAAGAACUGUGUUACGUUGGCGAAAAACCAAAAAUGA